AUGGCGAUGCGUUUCCGUAUCUGUCAUGGCUAUUGCGGGGGAUCCAAGACCACAGUGGUCACAUGUGGCUCGUCAGGGACCAGUCCAUCCUCUAGGCCGAAUGCUCACUAUGGGGAUCCUCUCGUUCCCGCGAUGGGUAGAACCUUCAAAGCCUUAGCAUCCUGCUCGUUGCAUACCUGUCUUGGAGACAGCUUCCUCAUCGCCAUUACAUCAGCCAGACGAGUCUCCAGCUCAGGGCUCUUACUGGUUCCACCAUGCACUAUUUCCCAAGACGAGGAGACAGAAAUAAAGGCCAAGCAGCUGGAAGAGAAAGACAGAGAACUGAAGAAGCACGAUGCAUACUACAAAGAGCAGCUGGCUCGACUGGAAGAGAGGAGUGCACAGUUCUACAAAGUAACCACGGAGCAAUACCAACAAGCUGUCAAAGAGGUGGAAGCUAAGUUCAAGCGAUAUGAGUCUCAUCCAAUCUGUGCUGAUCUGCAGAGUAAGAUUCUCCAAUGUUAUCAGCAAAACUCCCAUGAGACCCUCAGCUGCUCUGCACUGGCCAGCCAAUACUUUCAUUGCGUCAAUCAUGCCAAACAGAGCAAGCAGGAAGCUCCUGGGAGCAGCUCCAAGGCAGAGGGAAGGAGCAGCACGUGGCAGUGUGGGGAAGGACAGCUGAAUUGCCUGAUGCAGGAUGUGCUGGUGGAGCUUGACAGGUCCCUGAUGUGAGGCUAGAACGAACAUCAGUGCAGCCUGUGAACUCUUGAUAAUGGAGCACUUGAGGUAGCCACACAGCAUGAAACUUCAAUGCUGUUACAUCUGUGUGGCCUGAUGGUGCAUGGAAAAUGACCUGUGGAGCACGUGGUCAGCGUGACAUGUUCAGAGCUAGCAAGGCUAUUUUGAUCCCUGCCUCUCAGGCCCCAGGAAAUUGGGGGGCAGGGGGUU